GGUUGAUAAUGGUAGACGUUGUGAGGGACAAUUUUGAGGAUCUUUUUCCAGAGAUCAAAGAAGCGAUCGAGCAAAGCGCUUUCGUAGGUAAGUAAGAGUUUCCUUAAAGAAACGAUCUUGGCUGAUAAAGGUUCCUGAUAGCGAUCUAAACUAAGUAUCCGUCAGUCCGAUCCAUGCUUGGCGAUAACAUGAGCCAUUAUACCAACAAACGUAAGACAGCCAGAACUUUGGAUGAAAUUGAGCCUAAUUCUCCUUGAUUGUGGUGCAUUAGCCUGCAUUGGCAAAUAAAAACGCUAGAAUGAUAGAUUUUAAACAACGAGUAGUGAAGAUGUCAUUAGCCAUUCCCCAUUCCCCUGGGGGGGUGGGGGGUAGGUGAGGUGGGUGCAGGUGGGGGUGUACUGUAGGGUGUACUGGGUACCUGUGCAGGAGGGAUCUUCCAGAUGGAGUGCUUUGCCAAAGCCCUCAACUUUGUCCUCCGAGAUAGGGAAUUAGUUAUAAAAAUAUCCUCAAUUAGGUCUUAAUAUUAAACAUAGUAAAAAACACAUCAGAGAUCAAGUUGAAACACUGAAACAUUUUCUUCUUAAAUCAUAGCACUGCAGACUGAUAUUAAAAAUAAUUUAAAACCAGACCUGUAUGCAAAGAGUUGGCUUGAUUAUUCAUAAAUCAGUUUUCUGUUGAAAAAUUGGUAUAUAGCUGAUUCAACAGGUAUAGUACCAUUUAAUCAUAAAAUACUAUCAUCCAUUAUUUAUUUAAUUAUAGAUUUAAUUAUUUAUUCUAUUAGCUAUUGAUACAGAGUUCACAGGCCUCUAUACCACUGAUGGUUCUCAGCCAAGGUAAAGCUUUCAUUUGUGACAUUUUUUUUUGAUGCCUUGCUGAAAAUUUCAUAUCUUAUUCACUUGUUGUUCUCUUACAGUAGUUAAAGAUCAUCAGAAACAAAUUUGUUUCUGUCUGGUGCUCAUGCAACAGCAAAUUUACUUCUUAGAUCAGUACUGGUUGAUUGCUCAAAAUUACUAUUUACCAUCACCUUCCCAUGGUAUACUCAGUCUGUUAAAUUAUUCAUGAUCUAUCUUAUCUUGUUGAACUGAAAUUUGUUUGAAAGAUAUGCUGUCUGAAGGUUAAGAUUUCUGCUUGAUUGGGAAACAGAUUUUUUUUUGAAACAAUGAUCAUUUAUUAACUGGUUUUGUGUUGUUGUGUAGCUUGUUUGAUGGUCCUGAAACACGAUACAAAAAAUUGAAGAAAACUGCUUCACAGUUUCUGAUCAGCCAGUUUGGUGAGUUGUCAGUUGUUAUUACCAAUACAUGUUUUUCUAAGCUUGAGAUUAAAAAGUAGAGAAAUAUUUAAAAUGACUAUUGUUUUAAGAUUUAUUCUUUCCUCAGGAUUAACUGCCUUUGUUCAGUCCAAAGAUGAUUCCAACAGGUAUGUUUUUGAAAGGACUUCUAGAUUCAUACUAAUUAUUUUUGAUCUGGCCCACUAUAAAAAUAGCUUUGAUAAACUUUAAAGUGAAAUUUAAAAUAUUCUCUGAGCCAAAAUAUUUUUUUUGUUUGUACACUAUUUAUACUUCCUCCACUUCCAAUGAUAACCCUUGUGAUGUUUCCCACUCAUUUCCAACCUCUUUUGUUAAAUACCAUACAGUUUACCAUGCUUCAAAUUUUUCUAUUAUCACUGAUUUCAAACCUUGACUGCCAGGAAACAUCUCCUCUUUCCUUGCAAACCACAUGAUGAUGUGAAGGAAAAAGGGAACAUUUACACUAGUGCUACAAUCUUAUGAUCCCUACCCUGGCUUCUUUAUUUACCUCCUUUCCCUCCCCCCCUGAGUAGCUCUCAAGUAUUGCUACUGUGGGUUUCUUAAUUUCCUCUAAAUUUCUUUUAAAAAUACUGUUUUUGUUUUCUUUUAUAGAUAUGCGGCACAUACAUAUAAUUUCUCUUUAUUUCCAAAUUCAUUUGGACCUUUAGAUGUCAGAUUUCUUUGUCAGGUGACUUUUAUCCUUUCAUAGUGAUAGAUCUGAUCAAUACUUUGCAUACUAUUAUUAGGACAGUUCUGCACAAUGUCAGUUCUAUUAAUUGAUCUAAAGUUUAAUUAUUGAUUUAUCCUUAAGGACAGGGCUGUCUUCCUACUGCAAGCCUAAACCAGCGAAGUCUCAGACAAUAUUUUUCUUUUUUUUCAGGCAUCAAGUCUGGAAUUCUUGUGUCAGCAUAACUUUGAUUUCAAUAAGGUAUUCAGUGAGCCUGUUCACAAAAUUAUUCCAUUCUUCCCCAAUUAUAAACUGUUUUGGGCUCAAACCUAAACUAAUGAUGUUUUAAUUUUGUGUCUCAUAGUAUCAAACUCUCUCCAAUUUUUAAGUUUCAACUCCAUCAAGUAACAUCUUUCAGGCUAUCAGUAGUCAGGAAAUAAUUAUAAAUUAUUACUCUGAUCUCUUUUCAGACCAGCAAGUGUUAAAACAAAUUUUGUCAGUAGAUAAUUAUAAUAUUUUUAUCAUUUUGGAGUGAAACAGUUUCAUUGUUGUUCCUUGUCCUGUUAUUUGUUUAUCUAUUUAUUUAUUCAAGACAUAUUUGAUAUUCCAUUAUCUUUCAGUUUAUUUAUAAUGGAGUUUCCUUCUUAAAUAAUGACCAGGUAGUGUAAAUUACUUGUGGCAUGUAUCUUCCCAUGUUUUACAUGUACCUGUUACACUUUGUUUACCACAAAUAUAUAAGGAACUAUGUAGGGUGUAUGCGACGUAGCUGUGUGUUUGUUAUGUUCUUUUACAGUUGUAUUGUUUACAUAAGCUAUGUGUUAGGGUGAUAAUUUAUGUAGGGGGGUUCACAUGCCCUGCUCAGGAGAACAACACAUGUUUUGAAGUUGGUCUUUUGCAAACACAGGACUAGAAUUUACUGCAGUAUGUGUAGAAAUGUGUAUGAUAGAAUCCUCUUGUUGUCUCAACCUGUUGUUUGUGUACCAACACCUUCCCCCCUCCCUCAUAAAUGUAAGAUCUGCAGAAAUAUCUAUGGAUAUUCACCCUGUGGAGGUUUACUGGGGAUUGAAAAUUUAAAGCAUUUAGGGUAAAAAAAAGUCAGGGAGUGAGAAAACCAAAGUUGUGUCAUCAUCGUGGAAUUACAGUGGGGUUCAAAGGGGAAGACCUUAAACAAAAGGAAUCAAGCAUGGGAAUGGUAUGGAUAGUUGCUGGUACAGCAAAUUAUUGUCUCUAUGAGUUUUAAAAAAAAUAUAUUAAUUAUCUUACCAGCUGACUGAUCGCAUUAUGGAAAAGUAUCUUUAAAUUUUUUUUUCAGUUAUUGUUAGUACAAAAGUUCCACAAAAAUCACAAUCUUUAUGAAAGUUUCCAGUCACAAACCCUAAGGUAUUUAACCAAUGAUAUUUUGUUAGGUAGGGAAAUCCAAAAUUACAAUUGCUUGCUACUAGUUCUAGUUCUGUUUUCUAGUGGUUAGGUUUUUCAUAGUUAAGUUCAUGGUUCAAGAUAACAAAGUUUGUAGCAAGCAGGUAGCUCUUUAACAUGCGGCUCUGAAAUUUUGGAAUGCUCUUCCCCUCGUCAAUGUCUUAAAGCUACCCGGAGUAUUGCAUCUCAUCUAAUACCAGUCCAUCACCAGCAUUUUUACGGGCUUCUCUAUCAAUUCAUACUUCUGCUAGAGAAGCACUUUAAGAGUUCCUUCUCACUCCCAAGAUCAAAACAUCAAUUUUCUGCACUGUGUCUCAUUUUGCUUGAUUUUUGCUUUGGGAAUUUGGUGUGAAAGAAUGCAACAUGAAGACCAAGCAAGGAGUGAGACAUGAAUCUCUUUCUCCUUUGUCUAGCAUGCUAGGCACCAAGCACCCAAAACUCCCAGUGAGAGUAACUCAUUUAUUAAUUAGGAAAAAGUGAUGUAAAUUUACUUUUUCCUGCAUAGAAUCAUAGAUGAUAAUGUUUUGACUGGAUACUGUGCAAGGCUGGAGGACUGGAUCUUGACAGCACAGGCUGGAGAUGAAAUUGAGUUUAACCUUGGCAGUUGUAAGUUUGAAUGCAGAUGGAACAGCUCAUCCUUGAAAAUGAUAUAAAUUGGAGCCUUGUUGAGAACUAAAAUUGAGCCUGAAAUCUGAAAGUUGUAGAGAUGUAUUUCAUAAUUCUGGGGUUUGUGCGGAACCAAUAUACCAGGUUUUUAAUCAUAGUAGCAUAGAUUUUUGUUUAGAAAUUUUAGGAGUCAAGAUGAUGAAGAGCUAAUUUUUUUUCUUCUUUUCUUUCCAAUUCCUUAAACCCCCACCACCUCCCCUUCUCCACAUAAGAGGGCUUGGUCACAAUCUAAAAUGUUCAAUUACUGUAAUAUUUCUGUACUCCAAGCAAGUGAUUAUUAAGUUAUUUAAAAAAUGUUUGUUUAAGUGAUUACCUUUAUAAUCCUUCUAAAUAAGGAACUUGACAACUGAUAUCAGGUUUAUCAUCAAAGAUGUUGGUGAUCACAUCUGUUCACUGCUGAUUUUUAUCAGAUCAAGCCCAGUAUCUUCUACUGGAAGAAAUAAGAACAAGAUUUAUCAAUGUCCACUGCACAAUCAAGAGGCAGUAUAAGGUAAACAAUGUUGGAGGAAAAGAGACAUUUUACCCCAAACAGUAUGUCUCUUGGGUUGUUGGGCAAUAAAGAGCAGUACUGCACACUCCUGAUCAAUUACCUCUCAUUAAGUGUCUAUGAAAUUCGGAAAACAAUUUAAAAACCAAAGCAAUUUUCAGGGACAGACAUACCCAUAAAACAGACAUCUCUAUGAAAAAUUGGUCCCUGCCAUUCUCCUUGAAAUUUCUCAGUCAUUUUUGUGCAAUUUACCUUGUGAUCUCUUAUGAAUUAUUUCAUUUCCUAUUGUGUCUUUCUAGAUGCUAAUUACAAAACUACCCUUAACAAACCUUGAGUCUGAUGGAGAGAGAAACACAGAUCUAAUUUCUCAAGAACAAGAAAAGUAAGGAGGUGAUAAAAUGACAUUAUUCACACCUAGGAGCAACUUUGUUGGUGUCACUUAGUAACAAUCGUUUGGCACAUGCAAAACAGAUGUUGAGAGGGAUUGAAAAAUGAGUAUUUUAUGAAAUCUGUAAGUUUUUCUGGAAUCAGGCACAAGAAUAAGUGUAAUCACCUCCCUCCUCUCUCUUUGUCCUAUGCUCAUUACUUGGGCUUUCCAAAGGAAAAGCCUGAGUUGAAAUAUUUGUUUCAUUUUUUUCUUACUGUAUUGAUUUUUUUAUUUAUCCAUCUUACGAUGUUUGUUUUUAUCUUGAUAGAAUCUUGAAUGCAUUGUUGGGGUUUUCCAAAGUUUUCCAAGUUCUAACAUCAUGUAAAAAGGUACUUAUAUUUAUAACAGUCUGAUGAUUGCAAAUGGUCUCUCAGUCAGGCUCCAGUAAAUUUUAUAAGAAGCAAACAUGAGCAAACAAAGAUAAUACACAUGCUCUUAUUGGUCAAAAGCUUAUCAUUUUUAGUACUGGUAAACUCUUAGCUAUUUUAAACAGCCAUAAUUUGUUUUAUCAUACUUUGUAAUAGAUGAAUAAAUAAACAAUGAUUAACAGCAUUAUAGUGUUUGAGGUGACUUGAUGUUUAUAAAAACUUCUUUUUGAUUGAAUAAUCAGCCUAUUGUAGGACACAACGUUUUAACGGACUUGCUGCUAGCAUAUGAGAAUUUUUAUGAACAUUUGCCAGGUACGAACCUAUAUUCUUUGGUAAUUUUCUUCUUGCUUGUUUUCUUUCUUGUUUCCUUGUUUUUGAUAAGAUUUGUGUGUUUAGUAUAAUUACUUAAGAACAACCUGGGCUUCAUGUAUUUUUUAACUAUUUUGUUAAUCAUAUAUUUUUUUCUACAGAGAGUUUUAAAGAUUUUAAACUGAAACUUCACAAAAUUUUUCCAGUGGUUUAUGACACAAAAUUGGUUGCCUUUGAAAUUAGUAGGAAUCCGGUGAGUACAUGACUAUUAAUUGGUCGAGAAGUCAGGAAACAUUCCAUGUAUUUUGAUUUAAUCAACUGAGUUAAUAUUGUAAAUUAACCACCGUAAAGAGUUUCUAAAGCUGACGUUUCGACCCCGGCGUGUUUUGAAUCACAUAGUCAUAAAGUCAGAACCAAGGCAAUGGCAAUAGCCAAUCAGGCAAAGCAAAAGGUCACAAGACGCCCAUGCUUUAUCGUUUGAGCUGACAAGAUCGGGAACUUAAGAAUCAUGACAGAUGAAACUUAUUUGACUUCAGCCUCAGUUACGUUCAUUCAUGUUUACUGAAUCAGUCCAUUUGUUUUGUAUUUAGGUCUUUUCGCACUGUAACUUUUUUGAUGACACAAACUUAGAAAACCUUCACAAUUCGCUGUCAAGGUAUGGAAAACAUGGUUGGUUUGACAGUCAAGAAUACUUAAUCGUUUUAAAGCUCGGAUAGAACAAGGAGAAGCUAUGAGAGUAAGAUGAAACUGAAGUGUGGCAGCCUGUAUUUGAGGGAUAAAAGAGAAGUUUAUCCCCUUGUUUAUGAUGAGAUUUGAAAGAAAUUGCUAGUACCACAUAACUAGAUCGUGUUCUGCAUAGUUGUGACCUAUUUCAAGGUUUCUGAUUCCUUAGGGAAUCUUGUUCAAGACGCUGAUGGUAAAAUAGUAUUCCUCUAGACCCCCAAAAAACAUACCUUGUUGUACGACAUAUGAUCAUUCAAGCCACACAAGGGAGGAGUACCCCGGCCCCCCCCCUCCCCCCACAUGUGAGUUUAUUACUAACAAACUUUACCACAGAUAUGUUACUUUAUAUUGAAUGUACAUCUUUAUUUUUACUUUGUAGUAGUGACGCACAGUACUUUGCCCUUUUCGCACCCUCUGUGGUAUUUUCCGAAAAAUGUUACAGAUACCGUAAGUACAUGAGUCACAAAAGCUAAAUUAUAUGCUUAUGAGACAGUACUAGAGGCCUAGUAAAGAUUUUUUUGAUCAAUAUCAGUAUCAGGGAAACUGCCCACCUACCCCUCCCUUAACCCAACAUUAACCUUAACUUGUUAUCAAUAGAUUGUUGUUGGGUCAGGGGAUCAUAUUGAUCCGAUUUUUUUUUGAGAAAUCAAGGAUGCAUACUUUUACAUUUGUUUCAUGAAACUUAGCUGGAAAAUGUUGAAAAACUUUUUGUUGUUCUUUUUUCUUCCUGCUAUUUUAGUCGACGAGAAAAUGCCUCAUGAAGCUGGGUAUGACUCAUUCCUCUCCGGUUUUGGUAAGUAGUAUAACUUUCUUUUAACCGUGCCAGUUGUUGUACAAAUCGCGGGAAUUCCUACUUUUGAAAGGACAGUGAUAAAACGUAGGGAACCCAAGCGCGCACAGUUACUUGAAGGACAAAUUUAACUGCUUAUGACGCGCUUUGAUCUCAAACAAUUAGCACCACCCUCUAAAGAAUUGCAGCAAAUUUAGUUAAGAGGUAAAGAAAACUCGUAACCACCUGUCAUUAUCCAAGUCUAGCAAACGUUGCUGGACUACUUAUUUCAGGAACUCAAUAGAACAACGUUAAAACAAACAGAUGUUGCUAAUACUUUUUGUAUAUCUUAAAGAGUGAUGUUUACUGUAUUAGUAUUUAUUCUUCUCAACAGUUUUUCUUCGGAUGGCACAUAUGCUGGCAUAUAUGGGAUCAAGGUAAGUGACUCGUUAUCGUUCUUGACCAAUCAUACUGCAUUGAUAAGGAUUCAUGGCAGUCUCAAAUAGUGUCUUCUGAUUGGCUUCCCCUAACAUCGUCAUCAGUAUCACUACUAGUCUCAGAAACAGAGCAAUUUUAGGAUCUUCAAUGUACAAACCCAUGUUUUAUGAUGCUUCUUGUUUAACUGGCAUGUCUCCAUUUAAGUUUUCUGUUAAUCUACAGAAGGUCUCCCGAAGGACCGUUACCAUUUUCAAAAUUCCUUCGCGUGUUAAAGCCGUACGAGAAUCUAUUACAUUUGAGCAGAGCACAAGUACAAUAUGUGGUAUGUAAGAUGGUCUGAACAAUCAACAUCUCUUUGUAGAAACCUCAUCGUUAUAGUCAUUUCUUAUCCUGAUUGGUCGCAAUUAUUCACAUGAUCAGAUCAGUAAUAACACCGAAUAGUAUCCGGCGAUAGUAUCCUGUCAGUAAAAACCCAGCAUGCGACUUAUGAUUGUAAAGUUUUAAAUGCUUUACUCACUGCGAUUGCAUGUGAGUGAACUUUUGUGCUUAAUUUAACCUUCUCACAAUGAUUGCCGUUAACAAAUUCUUACCAUCUUUUUACCUAGAACUUAGCUGGUGCGGACACACCCUCUAUUCGACCUCAAUGGCUUUACGUUACCUCCAAAGAAAAAACCAAGCCACUAAUUGCCAGGACAGUAAGUUCUUUUGUUGUCAUACCUGAUCUGAUAACUUCUCUGUAAUAUUUUCAAACUCCUUUAUACAGUGGUAAAAAUCAAGUUCUACUUUUGGCAAAUUGUAUCUUUUGACAGUUGGCUCAGGAAUUUGCACACUUUAGUUCCGUGGACGUCAAAAUUUUAGACUUGCAACACGCACUAGUAGCUGUCCCUCAUCGUAGAAAGUGAGUGCUGUGUACUUUUUUCCCUACUUUAAGGCGGUUUUUAAUGCUGAAUAGUAAUGUUAUGCAAUCGCUUAAAUGUUGUAGUGUAGUGGGAAUCUAGCCCAAGGUGUGCAUUCGCUGAAUUCUGUUCGGGUCCUAUUUUGUUUUCCAUAAGUCGAGCUUAUUCCAUGCAAACUGUACAUUGCAUCAUACAGUUUAGGGUUUGUCGUUUCCAUUUCUCACUUUCUACCAUGGGCUACCAUGUUGAAUAUUCCCCAUUAUUGACAAGCCGUGACGAGGCCAGCUAAGUUGAUGGCUCAUUUUGUUCUUUUUUUUCUUCUUUGCUUCAUUAAAGAAUGCCCGGCUGACCACUGACGCCUUAGUUUCAAAUUGCCUUUUUAUGUUUCAUCAAUUACUUUUUAUUGAAUAUGUCUGAAAGCUUACCAUCGCAGUUAAAUUGAGAUCACAAGGAAUGUAUUAAAAAGCGUGGUUCAUGGUUGUAGGGUAACCUUGGUAGUUUAAGUACUACCUGCUUAAGCAAUCUAUGAAUCAUGCGCAAUAUGAGGCUUUUUAAUGAAUGAUCUCAUCAAGAGAAUUGUUCUGAAUUGGAUAUUGGGCCUCUUUUAGUAAUAAUUUACAUCUGAAAUUCAUAAUCUUGCUUUUUGUCCUCUCUCAGAGCAAAAGAGGUCUUGCGUACAUUUCGACACCACAAAACGCUCAGUGUAAGGCAGUACCACCCACUUUUAGAUUCACCUGAGAUGAAGGUGGCUCUGUGGUAAGUGAAGCUUGUUCGAAGAUGACGUAUGUUUAGAGCUCUUUUUGUUUCGACAAUUAUUUAUUAGCAAUUAUUCUUCAAAACAUUUCUCCUCUUCAGGAGGAAAUAAGAGAAAAGAAAAUUCGUAUUUUCAAAACAUAAGACUCAUAUGAAACUUGAGUUUGAAAAACCGUCCAACUGACAUCGUAUUACUGGGGUAUAAGAGCAAGUUUUCUUUUGCAGGAAGGGGACGGAAACUUAAGUCGGAUUUUUUUCCACUUAUACCCGACAGUUUAUACUUAUCCAAAAACUGUCAAAGACUUCUCUGCUCAUGUAUGCCAAUUUUCCUUACCCUUGAACUACCAGAGAUGACCUAUAAGGAAUUUGUCGUUCCAAUAUCAACACUUUUGCGAGAGGAAAUGUGAUGGGAAUAAAAAAGAAAACAACGAGUCAGAGUAUAUCAUUUGACUUAAAACCAAAUUCUCCGAGCUGAAAUCAGAAGAACUGUCCUGCAGACAGUACAGAGAAUUUAUACUGAGGUAGUGAGAUUGAAGUGACUUGACAAGGAAAACUCCCUUGUGAAAAUUCAGCGGAAUUUAUUUCUUUUGCCUUGUAGACCAAAAUUUACAGUACCAUCACAAUUCUUCUUGGAACAGUACAACCCUCGGACUUUGAAUCUCAAAAAAAUCUGAAUGAAAUUAGACUCGAAUCUGAAUGCAGCACACGUAUGACGGCCGGGGGUACUUUUUUAGUUUCAGCUGUUGAUAUUUUUGUCCGGUGCAUAGAUGAUGCAUUAGAUGUUCAAUGUUUUCGUUUACACAAAAGUGUUUUAUAUCUGUCAUUUGUACCAUGAUUUAUGCACGCCAUUUGCUUUGUUCUUGGUUUGCCAGGUGUGGCGGAACUGCUGUGAUCUUUUCGGCUGUUGCGGUGUUUCUGUGGAAAUCGUGGACAUAGUUAAUUUAUUUUACCAGUCAGAAACUAGUUAUCACUGAAAUUCUGUUAAUUUGGUCUGUUUCUUUUUAUUUUAUUCUAAUGUAUAAUAAAUAAAUUGCGGAGACAGCUAAUAAAAUUCGCCAACUGAAGUUUCUUCUCUUCUUUCUUUUAAAUUUUUUUUCUUAUCCAUUAAGCUAAUGUGGCAUUCACACGCAAGGUUUUUUUAAUCAUCGAUCGUCUUCUUUAACUUUAACAGUUGUUAUUACUGCGUUUAUUCAUUUUGAAGGAUGAAAAUCCCGGUUUUUCAGGUGUAUUUCCAUCUUUCUAAUUUGAAUUUGCUUCUUGUUAUUAAAUUUCUUACGAUAUUUAUGAGGUAACAACUGUAGUGACCUUAUUGUUACAAACGAAGGCACGUAGCGGUAUAAAACAAAUUCAUUUGCCUUCUGCAGGGUCCUGAUUCUCUUAUUGUUUGCCUGUUGUCUACACAAUAAAGGUCACUUUGAGGAUUCAGUUAGACUUAUCGUUCAUCUUUUGCUAAUACUAGACCAACAUACGCCUUUCCAUGCAUGAAAGAAACAAGUUACUACAUCUUCGCUCAGGUGAUCGACUUCUUUUCAAGUCAAUGCGACAUAAUUUUUGAAGUGUGAAUUAACACCGAAGAAUACUGAAAUUGCUUAAGCCUUGCGCAAACAAUGUCACUACAAAAUGGUUGUAAUUGUGUCCUUUAAAACAUAGCUACAGCAAUUUCUUUGUCAUUGUUGAUCAGUGCUUAGUGGAGCCAAUCAACGCACCGAUAACGAAGUCACUCAAGAGAAAAAUCAAUAAUUUAACACCCCUACGAGAGUUUGAUCGGCGUAUUAACAUAAAAUGUGUUGGUCUGUUUCUACGACUGAAAACGAUGGAGGCGCUCAGUGAAGAAGUCGACGAUGACAGCGACGUCGCAGAAAAUCGCCUGCUAAAAACCGAAGGUUCUGGCUGUGUUUGUAGCAAGGGGUGGGAAAAAGAAUUCAUUUGCGGAUGGGCGCCGUCGCUUGAGCGAAAAAUUUCACGGAAGCCAACGAAACACGCGUCGUUAAGCAACACGCGUAAAGAUGGAAAAUUACCGCGGGCAGAAUGUGGAUUUGUUUUUCGACAUUAUGAGAAAACUAGUCGCUAUAUCGAGCAGUACCGAGAAAAUCACAGCAGUGCCUUUCUGGAACGUGGGGAGGAAUGGAGGCCAGUAUUAGGAGUUGAUGUUCCAGAUCCUUACCUGCCUAAGGUCGGGAGUUCGAGGUAAGGUUUGUUGACAUGAUUUUUUUAAUUGUUUAUGUGGAGCCUUAUCUGGUUUGAGCCCCCUUGUAUCAGUGGGAAAAUUCCUUCUUAAAGGGAAAUAUAAUGCGGCCAAAAUGACUCCAAAAUUUGUCAAACUUUCAGAGUAUAACACGCCUUUAUAUUUUUUCUUAAAAAAAAACCUGAAAAUUUUGAUACGUUUCUCAAUGUUGGUAGGCAUGGUUUGCUCGCCUUUGGUAUAUAAAGAGACACUGACAAGUUGAUUGAAAUUAUAUGACAUUUGUUGUUUGAGGAAACUACCUUCUGAACUGAGUAGACUGCAAAGCAAACCACAAAAAUUUUAUCCGUUGUUUUCCCCGGAAGAAUUUAUUUUGAAGUUGCGAAACGCGGUUGAAUACAUAAAUAACAACAUAUUGUCACUACGCGAAACCUCGUGUUAGACAUUUUCUUCUGUACACUCGUAUUUUCACGCUAAUAUGUUUAUUCGCUGGUUAACAUUUUGCGCUGAUUUUGCCCAAGGGGCCGGUAGGUGAUUAGACACUACAAUACCUGUAAACCGUAUUUUAAUUUUUUUUUCCACAAGUAUAGUUUUCUUACUAAUUUUUCAUGGCGAUCUUUAUCUGAUGAGGUACUUAAUGGUACAUCCGUCGGUAAAUAUUACGAGUUAUGAAUGUCGUGUUUACUGUCACGUAAAAGGGAGCAAAAUUGCUUUAAAAUGAUUACUUUAUUUAAGGACGUCUUCCUCUUUAUGAUCACUACUGAUAGGCGUCAUAUUUCAUUGCUUGAUCUUGCAAGCACGUACUUUUGGUUAUAUUCAGCUCAUAUGUGCAAUACAACCUAUUUCAUAAUUUCAUUCAGGUUUACAAAACGUGUUUCCGCCUCUUCUUUUCCGAUGUGCUCCCCUUAGAAAUUAAGGGUAGGAUGAAAAGUUUUCCUUAAAUUUUUUACUUUUUUUCUAGUCCUCUCGAUAAAUGCGUAAAUAAAAAAGCAAGUUCACAUAUGAUACUGACUCGCAAAACUGCUGUAGUUCAUCCUAGGUUCAUUCUAAUACGAAGAGACACCAAGUAUUAGUACUACCUUAGGACGGAAUACUAGUCCAUCGCGAAUUAACCUCUGAAUUUUUCCAGGUUUCCCUGUCUGUCCACAGACUCUCUAUUUUCACAUAGAUCGUCGUCCAGAGCACGAGCCAAAUAAGAACCGCGGUUUUUUUGUUUUUUUUUCACGAACGCGAACAUGUACGAAAGUGGGUGGGAGAAAAAUAAAGUGGCUCUCGCGCUCUGCACACGUUCCUAUGUGUUCGCUCUGCGAUUUCUCUUUAACUCCCAAGAUCUGAUUGUUAAUUCUCCCCUCUAGCUGCUACACAUUUCCUUGUAAAUUAGCCAUAAGAAUUUGGAGCGAGAUCAAGAUAGCAGCUUCUCCCUGAUAGGUUUAAAUAUUCUCAUUCCUGUUCGCUGAAUAAUGUAUUGAUAUUAUAGGGAGAAGUUUCAUGUUAAUCACUCGUGGGAGUUAAAGGGUUAAGGUGUGAAAAGACUGGUGUACUAUAGUUAUGUAUUGUUCUGGUUGGCAAGUAGCACUGUGAAAUAGAAAGCUCCUCGCCUAGUCUACCCUCAGAUCACCAAAGUACACUCGCCCUUUUUCGAUUUACCAGUCGAUUAUGUUUAUUUCUUCUCUGCAGCUUUUUCACCAGCUGCAAAGAUAUAGAUAAUUAAUGUCGCAAUCUACGCUAAGUCUGUAUAUUGCGCCUCGGAUAUUGAGUAAUACGUUUUUGCGUCAUCACAUCACACACGUUUUUCUGGCUUAUACAAGCAGAUAAUUUCACUUCAUUGAUCACACAUCACAUAGUGUGUAACCAUUCUAUGCGCCCCACAGAACGAAAGAGGCCAAGAUAGUAUCAUACACAAUAAGGUAUAGGAUAUAUUUAUCCUUCACAUUUUCUUUUUUUCCCAUUAGUUGCGAUAAUUUUCCUUAAGAAUCAUUCGUCGAAUUCGGCUAUAAAUUACGGUACAAUCAUGUUAGCUUGAAACUUAUUUCUAUCGGUAAUGAGUGCGGAAAUGUGUUGAUCUUCUAGGAGUUGUAGCGUUGAUGCAUUAAGGACGUGGCCUAUCAGAUAUGUUUGUUUCUGGUCAUAAGGUUGUUCGCACCUAAUUCUUGUAACUUUUGGUCAUUCAAACGUGACUUCCACAUUCGUGAUCUCAACGCUGAGGAAAAUAUAUUAUAAAUUCUUGAGUUUAAUAAGAUUCCUUAUCAGUCAUGUUGUUAUUAUCACUUCAGCAAAACUGUUUUUGACCGGGUGAAGUUCAUUGAGGCCAUGUCAGACUACUACAAAGUUGCGGCUAUGAGGAGGUAAGAAAGUUAUUGAGAUUAGGAGGGGGGGGGCUCAACAUCAGGAAUUGUGUGCAGAUGCUCCGUCCGAGGGAUGUACUAUUUUCAGGCUUCAAGGAUAUGAAAAGGAUGGGGAUCUCACAAGUUUUUUUUCUGAAAAAUAAAGAGAAAAAUCCAUCGCUUGAUGAUGAGUGUUUGAAGGGUCCUAACUUUUGAUCAAUUUAAGUAUCUUUGGAAGUUACUCAAGAGCGAGAAAUAAUUUUUUUUGUCUAGAUCAUGUGUGAUCACAGUCUCAAUACUUAAAUCUUACGUUUGGAUUUCCUUCUUCCCUAUUUGUAGUGAUUUGCAAAAGAUCUGUCUCACCGGAAAAAGGCAAGAGAGCGGCGAUCGCAAAACAGUGCUCAACAGUGACACCGAGUUGAAUAAUGAAAGUUUACCGUUCAUUGUUACUGCUUCAAAUGGGAAGAAAGUUUCCCAAAAACUUGGAAGAAGAAUAAGACAGAGCACUACUUCAGAAGGAGACAAACCAGAUGGUGUGAAAAAUCGUCAAGAUGUAAUCCGAACCGCGCCCGAAUUAGCACAAGAUCCCAUUCUUCCCUGUAUGCCUUCCAUUCCCGACCUUCCGCAUAAAGUGGACGACAAACUGAUUUCACACCCGGUCAAACAUACACCAGAGGACGAUUCGAAACGAUUUCACAAGGAACGAAUCCGGCUUCCAAAGUUUCAAUGGACGGAAUGUCACGUGAAAAAUAACCGUAUAGCAACAGAGAAAACUGCUGUGCCUGUUAAAGUGGAAAUGAAGGAGAAACCGGUGGAAGAAGCGUUACAGAGCAGUGAUAGCGAUGAGAACGCUAUAAUCACAGCUCAGAAGUUUAAUUCGAAAGGAAAUCUGCAUAUAGGAGGUUUCGUGUUAACCGCAGCAAGCUCGAAACCAAAGCCAGCGCACGUUACAGUUGGAAAGUGUGAAAUAUUUAGCUCCACGAACUCGUCAUGUGGAGAGCGCGUCCGCAAAUCUUACGAAACUGCAAGAAAACUUCCAUGUGAAACUGCAUUUAUUCGGGUUUUAGGUCAUCAAACAGGCCCUCCGCCAAAAAGUACAAGUAAAAACGAAUCCAAGGAUACUAGUAAAGAAAGACCGAAUACAAAGGACAGAGCUCUCAUGAACCAAAAUUUGCCGAUUCAAUACUUGACUCGGUUUGGCAGACGGAAAUUUCAUCAUGUUUUGGAGGCGCGUUCGUUUAAACCUUCGGAAAAGAAACUUGGAGCCACAGCGCUAGCGCAUUUUCAUCACUGA